UACUCAGCGUUUUUUGCGCUGUUAAAGAGAAGUUGGUCAGUACUUUCAGAGGCUGUUUUCUCAUCGAUGGCCGGUAACCGGCAUCAUUUCACUGGAUUGUAAACCAGCAUUAGAUGAUAUUUGUUGACUAAAAGACUUCCGUGUCAGUUUGCGCAGUGCCGCAGCCCUUCUGUCCGCGGCUCAACAGAAUUCUAUACCGAACCCGACCGUGUUUAAAAACCCAACGGGGUGUGUCAGCAGAGAGCAGGAGAGAUUUCAAUUGUGUUUUAAAUGUGUUUCUGAAAUCGGAGGGUAGUGGUGACAUGUAUCUGUGCUGUCUAAUUUAAACAUCGCAUACUCGCUAGUCAGCUUUAUAAAGUGGUAUUUAUUUUAAGAAGUAGAUGCCGCUGCGUCAUAGCCUGUAUAUUUCACAUGCUGAGUGAGACCUGCGUGUGUGAUUUCUCAGAUGGCUUUUGAAUACAGGGUUACUGCUUCUGCUUACCUCAGAGUUUUUUGUUCUGUUCUCUGACUAAAUAUCACAGUAUAUUUGCCAUUUUUUUCUGUAAUCUGUAGUGACAGAGAUGAACAAAUUAGGUUGUUGGGUGUUUUAAAUGCUGUUUCAGUUGUAUGUUGAUAUUUUUUCCUACAGAAACACUGUUUAGAUCAUUGUCACUAUUAAGGUGUAGUAAUAUUAAUGUAUAAUGAGAUAUAAUGCUAUGCGUGGCAAUAGCAAAUAUAACUUUACAAUAGGAGGCAGACAACAAUACCAAAAACAGGCAAUAAGGAAACCAAACCGUACCUUCGUAAAAGUUUAUUUAAAUAACUGCAAGAAUUAAUAUACCGUCAAAUGCCCAGAGAUCCAAACAAAGCGUGUUAUUAUCCAGUUCCUUUAUCUCGAGGCGUUUAAAACGAUUCCAAAUAGGAGAACAUGUAUCCAAUCACAGCAGCCGCUCAGUUUUAGCCACACCCCCUCGCCCCUGGUCCUCUCCUCUGAUGAGAUCCAGGCAGACUCGAGCGUGCAGCUGCGACCGCGGGUCCCUUCACCAGGUAAGAACAGCUCUUCUGUGCUGUUAUGAUGAGGACGCUCAGCUCCUGUCUGUUUGCUCUGCCUCUGCUUCUAACCAUUUCAUUGGCAGUGGUGGUGCCCCGGUCACCAGUGAUGUCACCUCCCGGCAGUGAUGUCACUCUCAGCUGCUCUUUCUCCUAUAAAGCGGGGGCUGAUCUCACCAAAGUGGUGGUUACCUGGCAACACCGUGACUAUCGGAUGGUCCACAGUUACUAUUACGGUCAGGACCAGCUGGCUCUGCAGAAUGAAGCCUACAGGAAUCGGACCCAGCUGUUCCCAGAGCAGCUCAGUGUGGGGAACGCCUCCCUCAGACUGAAGCAGGUGCGGGGGGAGGAUGAGGGCUGGUACACCUGCGCUGUCACCAACCAAGUGGAGAACACCAGGGGAGACGUGAGGCUCAUAGUGGCAGCCCCUUACAGCGAGCCGCAGUUAGCGAUUGGCCUGCCUCGCCCCGGUGAUCCUGUGACCCUGACUGUCAGGGUGGCGGGCGGUUAUCCCCGGCCCACACUGCUGUGGCUGAAUGCGGCAGGAAGUGACAUCACAAACCAGAGCCACACCAAGCAGUCUGUGGACAGCAGGGGGCUCUACCAGAUCCAGAGUGAGCUGGAGGUGGUGGUGAAUGAAGCAGAGACCUUCACCUUCGAGCUGGAUCACCCCGUGAUGGAGCAGAGAGUGAGCCGAGCUGUCACCCUGCACCCAAGCACAGUUCCUCCUCUUGUAUUGGGAAUGCACCAAAGACAGUUUCGGAUCCUCCUAGUCGUGGCUCCAGUGACGGUAUUCGCGCUGGCGGUGAUUUUACUCUUCAUGACGAGAUGUCGACGGCAGCGCUGUGCUUCUGAACCGUCGACUCCACUUACAGACCACAACAAACAAACAAACAAACAGCGUUCCUGAAAUUGUUUUACAUGUACCAGUAGAUGAAGGGAGGCAGGCAGAUGAAAAAGACAGAAAUCACUACAUUUGUAAAAAAAAAAUACUAUUUGUAAAUUUGUGUAAUUGACUUUUAUACAUUUUCUACUUCCAAUAAGAUGCGUGCAGCUGUAAGAAAUGGGUAAAGGUUGUAAUGUUGUUUUUAUCAUUAUUUUAUUUAUUUUUUCACCUCAUAUCACGCUGCGGCUGCUGAAUUGAUGCAUUUUAUUCUGUCACAGACUUUGCGCUCGGUUCAUCCACGAGAUUGAUUGUCCACGGAUGGAAGGUAAUUGUGUAAAUAUUGUGUGAUUGUGUGUGCUUUUGUUAAAAAAAAAAAUAAUUAAAAAAUAAAUUACUUUGGCAGGUGUGGAAUGCGGACAGUUAUUAAAUGGGUUAAUUUGUGCUGAUUUGGUAUUUGAAGGUGUGUGUUU